AUGUCCAUGUCCAUGCCAAUGUCCAUGGCCACCGCGCCAAUGCCCACUGCACUGCUUCCAGUUGCCUCGCCAGAGACAAGCGUGACAGCGCCGACCUCACCUCCACUCACAUCACCCUCGGCCACCACCAAGACCAUGUCAUACACCAUUGCAACAAGACGAUCCAAGAAGACCGUUGAGAUUGUCAAGACAACCACAGCCACAUCAACAUCAACAACCAUUACAUCACCUUUGAGACAGGUCCAAACAGCAGUAGCACCAGCCACAGCCACAACAAAGAAAACAGACAUGGCGCCACCAUCACCACCAAUACAACGAGGGACUUCGAUGGGUCCUGGCAGGGGCAGAGGCAGGGGCAGGAGGAAGACAUCAAUGCAAAUGCUUGCAAACGAACAUAAGACAAUUAUAGAGAUGGAGGAGAGGAGAGAGCGAAUCAAACAGCAACAACAAGAUAAACAGGAGGCUGCAGCAUCGACAAGAGUAGCCGCAACCACGACAAAGACAACGACAAGUACAUCAACAACAGCUGAGGAAGAUGAUGUUAUGAUUGGCAACCGGGAGGGCGAAGAAGAGACAGUAUAUAUAGGAAUGGACGACAGCAGUAGCGUGGUCAGCAGCGGGACCAGCAGUAGCGCAGGUAGCAGCACUUCGGACGAUGUCGAGCAGGCAGACGUGGAGACUGACGACAAGGAGGAGAUGACGCUGGAGAACACCGUGGCAGACUACGUGGCCUGCACGCAUCUCGAGGGCAACAUCGAUGUGCAGGUGGUGCGCGACCGCCUGUCGCGCACGUCCGAGUGGAAGUGCGAUAGUUGCUCGGCCCAGUUUGGCGUUUUCAUCUGUCUGCAGUGCGGUGUCAUCGUAUGCAGCAACUACCGCCGCCAUCUGGCCGCUCACAACCGCCAGACGGGUCACCUGCUGAUGCUGGACCUGCAGCAGAAGAACUGCUACUGCUUCCAGUGCAACAGUUACAUCAACAACGACACACACGACGCCCAUCUCGACCUGCUGCGCAAGGUUCUCUAUACGACAACUGUCGGACGUGGCGCGCUCUCCGAGGAGCAGCUGGCCCAGGACGAUAUCGAGGAGACUGCGUUCAAUCACUACCAGGUGACGCUGACGCGUCGCGUGUUUGGCAUAUGGAAGACAGCCGCAGCUGCCUCGCCCUCGGACUCUGAGAGCGCCAGUGUCGACAACCAUGGUUCGUCCACCACAAGCAGCCUGCCCUCGGCCGACGCGCCCAUGGAGGAGCAGCAAUGUCCAAUCAUGGAGAAGGAUGUCCGUGCUCAGAUGCGUGACAACAAUGGACCGAAUGACGACGCAGAGGCAGCAGAGCCAGACACGCUGGACUAUGAAGACAGCCCGGGCAAGAAGAGGAAGCGUCUGGAUGCACUCCAGGCACCAGCAACAUCAAGCGAGGAACAGGUCGUCCAGAAUCACAGCAACAACAACAGCAGCAGUAGCAGCAACAAGAGCUACUCGUCCACAUACCUCAUGUCCAAGGUUGCUAGCUCGCCUGCCAAGAAGAACAGGAUCAUACCAGGUGUCACUGGUCUGAGGAACCUGGGCAACACAUGCUUCAUGAACACCAUCCUCCAAUCCCUCAGCAACAUACCCGAGUUCCGCGCCUUCUUUGUCCAACUCCAGACGGCUGUUGGUGUCAUGGUCGACCCCCUGGCCUCCAGCGCCAAGCGUCAGUCCACCAUCGACUGUCUCAACCUGCUCAAGAAGCACAAGAUCACUCAUUCCAAUCUCUCAGACUUAUCGUUUAGCGUUCAAUUACAUUACUUGUUCAGAGUGUUGUGGUCUGGCAAAUGGAGCGUGGUGACGCCAUCUUCGCUGUUGGAGUCAGUGUGGAAGUUCAUCCCAAAGUUCAAGUACUACCAACAGCAGGACGCCCAGGAGUUCUUCUCCUACCUACUCGACUGUAUCUCGCAGGAGCUCAAUCCCAAGUCCCAGCGUCGCCUGUCAGCCGGCGGCUCCUCCCAGCAGCAGCAACAGGUCGUCCCCAACUCAUCAUAUAUAAUCCGACCAUUUACACACAGGAAGAAGAAGAGAUCGUCACUGCCCGACGAUGAGUACGACGCACUGAUCGCCGGCAGCAUGUCCUCGCCGCCCUCAGUCACCACUCCGCCCAUCACCUCUCCGUCGCUCAUCAUGAUGGAUUCCAACAUUGAGAUGGACAGUCCAGAUGUGAACCGUGGAGUGCUCACCCCGCCAAUCAUGGUGCCCGGACGCUCGUCACAGUCGUCGCCAAUCAACAUGGACUCCAUGUCUGUCCCAUCGACGCCACCAGCUCCCGCUGCGCCACACAAGAUGGCCAAGCAGCCGGCCGUGCCCGAGAAGGACGACGGCAUCGUCUCCAAGAUCUUCCAGGGCAAGCUCAAGAGCGAGAUCACCUGUCUCAAAUGCAGUAACAAGGCGUCAGUGUUGGAAUCAUUCCUCGAACUGACACUCGAUGUGCCAGGCGGCAACAUGCCACCACGAGCUGUGAAAAAGCGUGGACCCAAGUCAAAGAAGACCGCAGCCGCCGCCGUGCCACUGGACGGUGUCGUCGAGGUUGUGACCCCGCCACCCGCCGCCGUUGUCGACGUUGAGCAAGAGCCCGCCGUCGUCGCUCCUCCCAAGGAUUACAACCUGGAGCAAUGCAUUCGCCAGCUGGUCCAAAAGGAGAAGUUAGAUGGCAAGACCUACAAGUGUUCACAUUGCAACGAGCUGCAAGAUGCUGAAAAGAAGUUCUCAUUGCUUUCGCUGCCAAAUGUAUUAUGUAUAGUACUCAAACGAUUUAGAUGGAGAGAGAACCAGUGCUCAAAGAUAGAGACUGAAGUUACAUUCCCCUUCGAGAUCGACCUUUCACCUUAUGUUGAGGUGGAUGAUGUAGCAAAUGGUGGACAUCAUCCAACUACCACUGACAACAGUGAUAGUGCCAAUGCCAACAACAACAACAACAACAAAGAUAACAACAAAGACAACAUAGACAACAUAGACAUAGACAACAAAGACAGCAGCGGAAGCAAUAAUGGCGGUAUCAACAACAGUUUCGAACUUUUGAAUGUGAUCAACCAUCAUGGAUCAGGUCUGUUGAGUGGACAUUACACGGCCUUUUGUUUCAACGACCUCCAGGAGAUAUGGGUACACUACAACGACAGCAAGGUGACGAUUGUGGAGGCCAACGACGUCAUUGAGUCGUCAAAAUGCAGCGCCUACAUCCUUUUCUAUCAGCGCAAGGGCACUAGCCAGUCUAUCCAGCUGGACCUCGAGCCAGAGUCGGUGGCCUAA